UUUAUUGAUAUCGAUAUGAUGGCCACGUCACAGGAUUAUUUUGGCAAUCCUUACGCACUUUUCCGCGGACCUCCAACCACAUUGCGUCCACGUACCUCGCCCUUGGGCGUGGGUGCCCAUGCUCAUGUGGGGUAUGCGGCACUCGAUCUGCAGACUCCGCAUAAGCGGCACAUUGAGACGGAUGUGCGUGCACCGCCCCCGCCGCUGCCACCGCCGCCGUUAUCGCUACCGCUGCCGCCAACAUCGCCGAGGUACAACACUGAACAAGGAGCUAUGGACCAGCAAUUUUGUUUACGCUGGAACAAUCAUCCUACAAAUUUGACCGGCGUGCUCACCUCACUGCUGCAGCGUGAGGCGCUCUGCGAUGUCACCCUCGCCUGUGAGGGUGAAACAGUCAAGGCACAUCAAACCAUACUGUCAGCCUGCAGUCCAUAUUUCGAGACGAUUUUCCUACAGAAUCAGCAUCCACAUCCCAUCAUCUAUUUGAAAGAUGUCAGAUACUCAGAGAUGCGCUCCCUGCUCGACUUCAUGUACAAGGGCGAGGUCAAUGUGGGCCAGAGCUCGUUGCCCAUGUUUCUUAAAACCGCCGAAAGUCUGCAGGUGCGCGGUCUCACAGACAACAACAAUCUGAACUAUCGUUCCGAUUGCGAUAAGAUGCGCGACUCGGCCGCCAGUUCGCCAACUGGACGUGGUCCCAGCUAUGGGGGCCUCGGUGCCGAUGCUCGUGACUCUCGCGACUCGUUGCGCUCCCGCUGCGAACGCGAUCUGCGCGACGAUCUGCAGCGCAGCAGCAGCAGUCUCAGCCUCAGCGAACGCAGCUCGGCCGCUGCAGCUGCGGCGGCAGCGGCUGCCGCUGUUGCAGCCGCCGGUGGCAAUGUGAAUGCCGCUGUCGCUGCGCUGGGGCUGACAACCAGCGCCGGCGAAAGAUCUCCCAGCGUGGGCAGCGCCAAUGCUGCUGCAGCUGCAAUGGCCGCCGCUGUGGCGGCUGCUGCCAACCGGAGUGCGAGUGCCGAUGCACUGAAUAGUCGCGGCGAUGCAUGCAGCGAUCGGGGCAGCGAUAGAGGCACGCUCGAGCGUGCUGACAGUCGGGAUGAGUUGCUGCAGCUGGACUACAGUACUAAGGAUAACAAUAAUAGUAACAGCAACAACAACAACAACAACAAUAAUAAUAACAACAACAACAGCAGCAACAACAACAGCAGUAGUAGCAACAACAACAACAACAACAAUAGCAGCAGCAACAACAACAACAACAACCGAGAGCGCAAUGAUAGCAGAGACAGAGAUCGUGACAGGGAGCUCUCGACGACGCCGGUAGAUCAGCUGUGUAGUAGUAAGCGCAGACGUAAGAACUCAUCAUCCAACUGUGAUAAUUCGUUGUCCUCGAGCCAUCAUGCGAAUGCGGCCCACAUACAGGACAGACACUACGCGCAGGACUCUCAGGCCAGUGCACACAGCAAUUUCAAGUCGAGUCCUGUGCCGAAGACUGGGGGCAGCACAUCAGAGUCGGAGGAUGCGGGCGGCUGUAGACGCGAUUCCCCCCUGUCCAUGACAGUCGGACAUCUGGGCGUGGGCGGUGGCAAUGUGGGCGCGGCCAGUAUUAAGCAGGAGCUAAUGGAUGCACAGCUGCAGCAACAGCAGCAUCGCGAGCAUCAUGUCGCCCUGCCUCCCGAUUACUUGCCGAGCGCCGCCACAAUGAAAAUGCACGCCGAGGACAUGACAACGCUCCUGACACAGCAUGCGCUGCAGGCCGCCGAUGCGCGGGAGGAGCACAACGACGCCAAACAGUUGCCACUCGAUCAGACGGACAACAUUGACGGCUCGAAGGCCUGGCACAUGCGGCUCACCUUUGAGCGUCUCUCCGGUGGCUGCAACCUGCAUCGCUGCAAGCUGUGCGGCAAGGUCGUGACGCACAUACGCAACCACUACCACGUCCACUUCCCCGGCCGCUUCGAGUGCCCCCUCUGCCGCGCCACGUACACACGCAGCGACAACCUGCGCACUCACUGCAAGUUCAAGCACCCCAUGUACAACCCGGACACGCGCAAGUUCGACAACCUAAUGUCCGCCUCAGCGACAACAGUGGGCGCUGCCACGCCCACGGCGACACAGCUAGCGGCCGCAUCGCAAGCGGCAAUGGCAGCGGCAGCAGCUGCCGCGUUUACAGCCGCGCAGCAACAGCAACAUCAGCAACAGCAGCAGCAACAGUCACAACAACAGCAGCAGCAGCAACAACAACAACAGCAGCAGUUGCAGCAACAUGCCCACGCACUGGCGCAACAGCAUAUGCUGCAUCAACAGUUGCAGCCACAGCAUCAUCAGCAGCAGCAACAUAAUGCAACAAGUGAAUGAUACAACCAGUACAUGUCCUGGAAUUACAGUGCAUGGAGCCUAGACGAGUCCAUUAAACAAGCGCCGCACUUUGCCAGCAACUACCAACAACUCCAGCAACAACAACAUCACCAGCAGCAACAGCAGCGACAGCAACAACACAAAAUGCCGCCCUUUAAUUUCUAUGCGCGUAACUAUUAUCAACAAAAUUAUGAGGCCAAACAGCAAGCAACACUAAACAACGGCAACAUGAGGCUGCAACAGCUGCAGCAGCAACAUCAACAACAACAGCAACAACAUCAACAGCAGCAACAACAGCAACCUCAAACCCAAACAAUUGUCAUUGAUGAGAGCGACAAUGAGAUUGAGGAAGAACCACGUGAUAUGGAGAGCUGCAUGAGGCAGAGUUUCAAUCACUAUAUGGCGCAGCUGAAGCAGCUGACAACAACCUGUGGCAACAGCGAUCGUGUUGCCCACGAAACCAUGUGCAAUAGCAACAGCAAUAGCAACAGCAAUAACAAUUCAACAAAUGCCAAUCAAAUGGAAGCUACUACAACUACAAUUUCAACUACUACAGCUACUAAUAGUAAUGCUAACGCUAAUAAUCAUAAUCAUAAUCAUAAUCAUAAUAAUAAUAAUUAUAACAGUUAUGCUAACAACCCCAGAAGCUUCAACAGGCAGCUGCCACCGUGAACAGUGGCAACAAAUCAACAACAAUAAUAACAACAACAACAGCAAGAGCAGCAACAUCAAGAACAACAACAAGUAAAGCAAGAAGGCAACCGAUUGAUACUCAGACUAAGCAUAUAUAAAUAUAAUGAACUAACUGAAUGAAAUCUUUAAUGUUGACCAUGCAUUGCAAAAUAUUAUGGUAAGCCAAAUUUAUUUGUCAAUUAUAUAGGGAAAAAAACAAACAAAAAAAAAAUCACAAAAAAAAUGGAAAAGAAAAGAAAAGAAUGUGAAUGGAAUCAAAAGCUGACCUGAGUACGAUUCAUGGUUUCAACUGGAUUCAUAUGUUGCAAUUUCAUAGAUACAUAAAUUAUAAGCCAACUUAACCGUAACAAAGCAAAAUACAGAAAACAACAAAAACAAAAAAAAAAUGAAAUAAAAAUGAUAAUUAUGAUAAUGAACUUGUAGUAGGCAAACAACAGGGUUUCCAAGGCAGCCACCAGAGGACUUAUGGAGAUUGAAGGCAACAAAAUAUACUAUAUAGAACAUUUCGAAAGAAAGAUUACAUAUAUAACAUAUAUUAAUCCCAAUAUGGCAACAAUUUUAACUCUAAUUGUUAGAUAUUUAAAUCCAUUUGCUGUUUGGUGCCAACUGUGGGGCAAGUAUUGUGCCAAUCGAAUUGGCUGCACUGUUUGCACCUGUUUCGUUGUUGCAUUUAACACUAAUAUGCACACACACACAUACUCACAUCACAUACACACACUCACACACAAUAACUUUCUAUAAUUUUACAAAAGAAAUCUAAGGCACAAAACUUGUAAGACAUUUUGAAAAGCGAGAUUUUCAGUGCAGCUAAUGUUUUAACUCUUCUACUCGUAAAACUUAAAUGUCAACUGUAUUGAUUGAUAAUACCGAAUUGUAAAAUAUCAUAAUAAACAAUAUCAAUUUAAAUAUAUUUAAUGUAUCUUUAGACCAGUUGCACACACACAUAUAGAAAUUAACAUAAAUUUGAGAAUAUUUAUUAUGUACAAAAUUUGUGCGUUUUAAUGUUAAACUUGGAAGAAGACAUGCAUACGAUGCCCUAUUAUUAAUUACUAAAUAAAUUAUACAUAUAUACAAAUAACAGAUACAUUUAAACACAUGCAAGAACAACAACCAAUAUAAAAUGUUAAUUUAUUUAUAACAUACUAGACAUGCGUGUAACUGAGUGUGAGUGUGAAUGUGAAUUAUGAAUUUCUCUAAUCUCCCUACCCUGUAUUAUAGUAAGGAACAGAGACCCACAAACCCCUCACUUCCCAUCCCCCCCCUGUCCCAAUACGUUUCUAAACUCAAAUCUGUAAAUGCAUGUGAGUGUCGGAAUAGGGCUAGAGGGCGUGUUUAAUUUGUUAUCCAGUCUACACGCAUACAAAUACAAAUACAAAUACAUACAUCAAUAAUUUAGUUCUAUUAACAUUAUGAUUAAUUGAUAAUUUUGCAGCAUUUUUUAUAAGCCACUGUAUAUACUAUUCUAAUACUUUUACUUAUAUUAUAUACAUAUAUUAUAUUAUAUAUAUUUUUUACAAAUUCUCUAAGUAGUAGUUCUGUAAAUCUUAUUUUGUUGUUGUACAUUUAUUUUAUUUGUUGCCACUUUGUUUUUCGAGUUGAAUCCAAUCUGGUGCGCACAUGAAUUGCCUAAAAACAAAUAGAAAAAAACACACACACAAACACAAAAACAAAUAAAAAAAACAAGUGAAAAAAAGAAUAGAAAAAAAGAGUUCAAGAGUUAAUAAUACUACAUAUUAAUACUAUUUAUUUGUUUUAAUUUUUAAUUUUUGUAACAUGAAAUGUUUAGUAAUUAAUGCAACAUCAGAUACUGCCCCGACUUAAUAUUUGUUUAAUGUUUUAUAUUUUAACUCUGCUUUGUUGAACAACAUGAAAUUUAUCUAUAUAUGAUGUGAUAACUAUAGUUAAACUAAACUACACACAUUACAAAAUGAAAUUAUGUUAAUUAUUAAAAACAAAACAAAACAAAAACAAAAGAAUAUCGACGAUAUCUAAUUUGUGGUAUGCAAAAUGGUGCUAAAUCCAAAUAUACUUUAAAUGCAAAUGCAACUUCCCCAAAAACAAAAACAAAAAAAACCAAAAA